GAGGGUAAUCUCCGUGUCACUCUCUGCACGCGUUGUUCGUUUGGUUUGUGUCUGUUUGAUGGAAUCGACGAAACUAGGAAGCUCACGGAGCAGUCCAGUUAAUUAAAUAUUGUCCCCCAACGCGUCCAAAGUCGGACUUUUUUACGCAGCUACGAAUAUUCGUGAAAUCCACAGAGGUAUCGCACAUAUCGCAGACUCAGUUGAAGACCUAAGUCACAUAGGAAGCCAACAGAAGCCAGAAUUGGGGCCACUCAAUCGCGAAGUGUUUUGGUUUGAUGUGGUCAGUGACCUUGCCGUGCCGAAUAAUCAAAUUUCGCUGAAUAACGGAUCGGCGAUGCAAGACGGCGAGGUGGUAGUGUCCGAAGUCCACGUCGACUCUGACAAUAUGCUGAUGCCUGACGACCCGCUGCUACGUCUUGUUCCGGCGACGCUGCGAAAACGUCUCCAAGUGGGGCGCUCGCGGCUGCUGGUGGACUGGUUCGCCUUUGGUAAAGACGUCGAAGAAGAGUGCGGCGGGGAUCUUGCCUUGGACGACGACGGAGACCUCGCGGUAUCCAGACCGAGGCGCCGCGUCACCCUGCAGAUAGACCACUUCCUGUCGAGCACGCUGGAAGGCGUCGGACUUCAGGUGUGGAAGGCGUCGCUUCUCCUGUCGGACUUCCUGCUGGACUGUGGGUUUGAAGUGCUCGGCGGGCGUGGCUGCCUGGAGCUGGGCUGCGGUGCCGGACUGUGCGGGCUUGUGGCUGCAGCCUUUGCGGACUGGGUCUACUGCACUGACGCACGAGACGAAGUGCUCGCGCUGUGCCAGCGCAACCUGAACAGCAACGAGGCAUUCUACGACGCGCUGGGGGCAGAUGACCAGCAACCACAAGCGCUUGUUCGCCGCCUCGACUGGGCGCACGGACCCCCCCUCAAAGGCGAGCCCCCGGUGGGACCCUGGGACUGGACCUCUCAGGACCUCGACAACCUGAGCCACAUCCGAGUGUUCCUGGCAGCAGACGUGGUGUACGACGACUCCCUGACGGACCACCUGUUCGACCUCCUGUGCCGCCUGGCAACCCACGAGGACCAGCUGGUCUACCUUGCCCAGGAGAGGAGGGUCAACUUCAGCCUGUCCCUUUUGGAGGUGGCCAGUCCGGCGCACACGCACCUCUGCCAUUGGUUGGAGCGACUGAGGGGCAUUGGUUGGCGGGUGGACCGGUUGGACACGAGCUUCCCGCAGCGCCUCCACCCCUACUCCAGGGACGACUACCUGGAGCUCUGGCAGCUACAACCCCCCAGCACCAGUGUGAUGCCGGCGUGACAUAGAUUCCUGGCCGACGUUCGAUCGAGAUCGCCCUUAAAAAGGUUGGCUCAACACGACCCGUUAGCCAGUGUGCGUGACACAGGCUGACGUGGGACAAAGCCAACCUGCAGAAGCCUUGCUGGACCAAGGCAGGACAAAGACAAACUUGGUUCGGCACAGAUCGCCGUCGGGGAUACCAGCGUUAUGCCAGCACGACACCGACUGUCGGCGGACCAUUGAUCGAGAUCGCCUCCGAAAGGUCAGCUCGAUGCGACCUAUUGGCCAGCGGUCGAGGUGCAGACCGCUAUGGCCUAAAGACAACCUGCAGAAGCCUCUCAGGGGUGAGGCGACACAAAGAUGAAUUUGGUUCGGCAGAGUUCACUAGCAAGGACCACCAUGCGACGAAGACUACCUUCAUGGACCGGGCUUCGCACCAACAUGAAGCGUGCGGGAACGGCGCAAGCCAUUAAAGAGCACUUUGGCCAAGU